UUUUAUUUUAUGGGCAAGAAGAAAUUCAUUAACAAAUAGAAUGCUGCAACACUUAAAAUGGUACAUUAACCAGGUGAAAACAAUUAAGGAGCUACAGACAUGAUUUGUUUCUAAAAAAUUAAUCAACCAGGUGUUUAAAAUGAAUUGUAUACCAUUUUUAAUAUAAUAGAUCUGAAUUAAUUGAAAAAGAACUUAACAAAGGUAAAUUUGAUCCUAAUCUUAAACCUCAUAUUCCACUAAUUGAUCCUACUUAAGAUGCUUUAAAUCUUGUAGCUGGAAGAGAAGAUUUAUGGAUUCAUUAAUUAGCUAAAUAAAAGGCUUUAUAAGCACUUAAAUAAAAAUAAGAAUAAUUCUAAGAUGUUGUUAUGAAACAUUAUGAUGAAAAUGGAUUACCUUUAGAUGGUUAUGAUUAUACUUAACAUCUUGCUCCUGAAAGACGUACUUAUUUUAUAUUUAUAUCAAUUCUUAGCUUAAGGAGAAGUUGAAUGUGUUUUUGUUGUUCCUGAAGAAGAAAGAUCUAAGGUUGUUUAUGAUAUUGAUUUUAAAAGAGAAGAAUUAACUAAAGAAUAAUAAGAAGUUUAUGAUUUAUUAAUGAAUGAAGAUGAUGAAGAAGAUAAUGAUAAUUAAGAUAAUUAAGAUUAAUAAUUAGAUGAUGAUUUUGUUUCUAAUUUAAUUUAAUAAAAUUAAUCAUUAUCUACUUAAUAAUAAAAUUAAGAGAAAGUUGAAAAUUUAGAGAAAAUACAAUAAAUUACAGAAUCACCAAAAAAAUAAGUUAGAUUUUAAGAUUAUUAAGAAUCUGAUAAUGAUGAAGAUUAUGAAGAUGAAGAAGAAAUAGAAAUUACUUAUGAUAAAAAAUAAAUGAAUUCUAAAUAAUAAUAAUAAUAAUAAUAAAAAUAAUAAAAAUAAACUAAAAAAUAAGAAAGUGAUUCAGAUUCAGAUUUGGAAAUUGAUUCAGAUAUGGAAAGAGAAUUUGAAAGAGAAAUGAAUGCUUAUGAGGCACCUGAUGAUAAUGAAGAUCCAGAUCAAUAAAAUAAAGAAUUCGUUAAUGAUUAAAUGCUUAACAAAGUUAUUGAUGAUCAUCUAAAUACUAUGACCAAAAAAUAGUAAAAAAAAUCUAAAAAUUAACAUAAAUAAAAAGAUCAAGAAGAAGAAACUGAAUGUAUAAUAUAAUUUUAUAAUUGUUAUAGAACAAAAGGAAAAAAGAUUAGAAUAUUUAAAAAAUACAGAUUAUAAUGAAUACUUAAGAUAAAAAUUUCCUAAUGCUGAUUUUUCUUAAUUCCAUCUAAAAAAGGAAAUUCCACCUCUUACUCCUGAAGAAGAUAUUGCAUUAUAAAAUUAUUUAAAUAGAGAAUCAACUGAUGAAGAAUGUCCUGAUAUGGAACCAGCUGAAAAAUAUUAAGAAACAAUUGUUACUAAAUCUCUUCAUAAUACCACUAUGUCUAAAAUGAACCCAGAACAGUUGAAUAUAAUUAAAUAUAAAUAAAAAGGUUAAGUACAAAUAACUAAAGAAGAUAGAAUGAAAUAAAAAUAAGAAGAAAAAAUUAAAAUUAAUGAAUUAAAAUAAGAAAAAGAGAAGGUUAAAGAGGCUCUUUGUGGUAAUCAUUUAUUAUUAUUUUUUAGAAACUUUGAAAUAAGUAGUAAUUAAAAAAGAAGAAACACCUGAAGAAAAAAAACAAAGAAAAGAAUUAGUAAAACAAUUAAAAUAAGCUUAAAAAGAAAAAAAAAAAGCAUUCAAAGAUUAAUUAUAGACAAUGUCUAAAAAAUUAUAAAAAUAAAAAUUAGCAAAUAUCCAAAGUAAUUAAGCCGAAGGUGUUUCAAUUGUAAAAAUUGCAUGA